AGCCUUCACAAAAUUUUCCCUCUUUCGCUCGCUGCGCUUUGCCCAAACACUCGCCUCCAACUCCACGGAUCAGAUCCGAAGAGUUUGGCAAACCCUAGCUUCCUUUCUUCAAUCUCCAUCUCUUUCAUCCUCCUCUUUCUUCUCUAACAAUCCCCAGCCAUGGCAGGUUUAGCUCCAGAAGGAACCCAGUUUGAUUCUCGUCAAUAUGAUGCUAAAAUGAAUGAGAUUCUUUCAGCCGAAGGGCAGGAAUUUUUUACCUCAUAUGAUGAAGUUUAUGAAAGUUUUGAUUCGAUGGGGCUGCAAGAAAACCUCCUUAGAGGCAUUUAUGCCUAUGGUUUUGAGAAACCAUCUGCAAUUCAACAAAGAGGUAUUGUUCCCUUCUGCAAAGGCCUCGAUGUGAUUCAGCAGGCUCAAUCUGGAACUGGGAAGACUGCAACCUUCUGCUCUGGGAUACUUCAGCAACUUGAUUAUGGUUUGAUCCAGUGCCAGGCAUUAGUUUUGGCGCCGACUAGGGAGCUGGCUCAACAAAUUGAGAAGGUUAUGAGAGCUCUUGGAGAUUAUCUUGGUGUUAAGGUUCAUGCUUGUGUAGGAGGGACAAGCGUCCGUGAGGAUCAACGCAUUCUUCAAGCUGGUGUUCACGUAGUAGUUGGAACACCUGGUCGUGUGUUUGACAUGUUAAGGAGGCAGUCUCUUCGCCCAGAUUGUAUUAAGAUGUUUGUAUUGGAUGAAGCUGAUGAGAUGCUUUCUCGAGGUUUCAAAGAUCAGAUCUAUGACAUUUUCCAGCUGUUGCCAUCAAAAAUUCAAGUAGGUGUAUUCUCGGCCACAAUGCCACCGGAAGCUUUGGAGAUCACUAGGAAAUUCAUGAACAAGCCUGUCAGAAUCUUGGUAAAACGUGAUGAGCUUACUUUGGAAGGUAUCAAACAAUUUUACGUAAAUGUUGAUAAGGAAGAUUGGAAGCUCGAAACUCUGUGUGAUCUCUACGAGACUCUGGCUAUCACUCAAAGUGUUAUCUUCGUUAACACACGUCGUAAGGUCGAUUGGCUUACAGACAAGAUGAGAAGCCGGGACCAUACUGUAUCAGCCACCCAUGGUGACAUGGACCAGAACACUCGAGAUAUAAUCAUGCGUGAAUUUCGGUCUGGCUCAUCUCGUGUUCUUAUCACAACUGACUUAUUAGCUCGUGGUAUUGAUGUUCAGCAAGUCUCCCUUGUGAUAAAUUAUGAUUUGCCAACCCAACCAGAAAAUUACCUUCAUCGAAUUGGUCGAAGUGGGCGUUUUGGAAGAAAGGGUGUUGCCAUCAAUUUUGUUACAAGUGAUGAUGAGAGAAUGCUUUUUGAUAUUCAGAAGUUCUAUAAUGUGGUCAUCGAGGAGCUGCCAGCCAAUGUAGCAGAUCUCCUAUGAUGAGGUUUUUGUUUGUUUUUUUUUUUUGGUUUUGUUUUUUUGUUUUUGUUUAUAGGGAUGGGAUUUUCUCUUAUCUCUGAAUGACACUAUUUAGCCUCCCCCCACUGGAACUCUUUUCUAUUAUCUUCACUUUGUUUUCAUAUAUUAGUUCUGUCAAACUGACAUUUUGUUAAUGAUUUAUUGUCUGCUUUCUGUGCAA